CAUAGCUCCACUCCCACUCAUCCCCCCCUCCUCACAGUAGCUAUUUCACUUAAACAGACCCAAUCAUGUCGACCACGAUGCUGCUCACCCAAACCGUCAUCCCGCUGACCGAAAGCCACCUGCGGCAGGCGGAGAUAGACGUACUGAAGUCAGGACUGCAGAACGAUGCCACUGCCAAGAAAGCUGGCGACGCCUUCAAUGCUGUCCUGGGCAAUCCAGAGGUCACUAAGAGAGCGUAUGAGGAGAUCAAGACGCUCGCGAACACGAUCCGCACUGUUCGCGGCUCGUUUCAAACGAUUUCGAUCGCGCUGGGCACGUUUGAUUUCUUCCGGUUCAGAGACGAGAACGGACGCGUCGUCCAGCUUGGCGGUAAAUGGAAGGAAUUAUCCACGCAUUUUGAAAAGGCACUGCAUGCUAGUGUUGAGGUGGCACCUGGAGCCGUCGUCAUGAUGAAUAAGGUUAAGGACAUCCUGGGAGGUGCCGCCGGCGCGAAACGCGGCGACCUCAAAGCCAGACUUCAGGCGUUCAUGCGGGAGUUGAAAGUCAAGGAAGCCGAGGCCCUCGAUAUGAAGAACCACUUCCAAGACCUUGCCGACCGUAUUCGCAUAUUCUGGUCGGAAGUAGAGCUCGCGCUCGCGAUACCGUUGGUCGAUGCAGCUCGAAAGGCCCUAUUGAACGCUAUAAACGCUCGUCUCCACGAGUUAAGUAGACAGCUCAUAGAUCUGCAGCAGAAGCUGAAUGCGCUGCAGGUCGUUGCACUGUCCAAAGUCGCGAUUGGUGGUGCUGGCGCAGCUAUGGCCAUCCUUGCCCUUUGCCCUUCAGCAUUCACCGCCGCAAUGGAAUCCGCGUUCCGUUCUGGAGAAAUUGGGAAUAUUAUUGCAGAUGCUCAAAAGCAGAAGCAAAUUUUGGAGGCGGAGAUUGCCACUACCAUCGCGAAGAUGGGCGCAGCAUACACGGAACAGGUUAUCUUGCAGAUCUAUCAGCAGGUCCUGCAAAAUCCCAAGAGGUACAUUGAUGAAGUCGCCGUGAAGGUCGAGGCCGUCGUCAACAUAUGGCAGACCAUCAAUCUUGACAUGCAUGCGCUCUACACGGAUUUAGAACUCAAUGUGGACGAUAACGCUCCUGUUACAGCGUUCCUUAUUGCGAAGAUGACUGUGGCAAAGGAGAUGUACGGAAAGCUUGCGUGGUUGCUGGACACAUACGUCGAGGCAUUGAAGUCCGCUUUGUAGAAGCAGGUAUUGCCGCCUUCACCCUCCCAUUUACUAGGAGAAUAUGUCCGAGACCGUGAUUCUACCUUAGUUCGCUUGUCUGUAUUUCUUGGAUAGCGUACCGUGGCUGUUGAUGCAUCCUGCAGUGCCUUCAUGAUAAUGUGGUUUAAG